AUGAGCGAGAGCGGCACAUUUAUCCAGGAGGCGGUCCAGACGCAGACCAAGUUCCCAGAGGUUGGGUCCGCGGCUGUGGUGAAGAAGUUCCACAAGAACUUUGAGCUUCGCCUCAGCAGCCGCAAGCCCAAGGCCCAAAAGGCGCCGAAGCCCUCGCUCUUGGAGACCCGCAGGGAGCGAAGAGGCGACGACGACAAGCCGGAGGGGGGUCUUGGCUUUGGGGCCGCGGACUACGUGCCGCAAGAGCACAAGCUCAUCACGCAGUUCAAUGGUGUGGAGACCGACUCGGGAUCCUGUCUGGCCUUUGCGCCAAGCGUGCGGGGUGGCCCUGGCAACACAGUGGAGCCGCGGGAUUGGCAAACCCCGGGCCGACAGAGCGACAACGUUCCGAGUGAGUUUGUCAAGUUGGAGCCUUGGGCGGUGCCUUGUGCGAACUCGUGGAUGAAGGACAACCCCAGCAAGUGGCAAGGAUACUCCUUCUACACCUGGGAGACGCCGCUCGAGAGGUGCGCCACUGUGGUCUACAGCCUUGGCCUCCAGCCGGUUCUUGCCUUCGUGGGCGGCCUUGAGUUCGACAUGAUGCCGUCGCCGAUUGCGGAGGUGGAAACGUUCGUGUGCUGGCCCGACACGCAGCCUGGUGGCCCUCAGCUUAGUAGCGGCGCAGAGAUGCACAUCAUGUCGGGAGGGGUGCCGCUUCUCACCCGGACGAUUCGCUUGAAGAAGCGUUUCGGGUCGGGCACCGGCUUCAGCAACGGCCACCUGGCAGCCCAGUGGUGCCCCCGCCUCAAAAGGGGCAACAUCGGAGCCACCACCGCCAGUGGCAAGGCCAACUUUGGCGUUCCCGAGGAUGGUGCGGACGACUCGGGCCUCAACGCCAUGGACAGAGAUUCCCUACUCCAAGCCAAUGCAAGUGCGUGUCAUGAGGCAUCGGAGAGCAGAGUGCGAGAGCAGGGCGCAAAAUUGACUGAAGAGGAGCACUUUAUCGCUUCCAUGCUCUACGACGAUGAGAUGGGUACCAACGUCACCGAGUCCUUCCACGGGGCUGAGGCAGCGCGGAGGAUGAAACCGCUGUUUCCCAAGGCCGAAAGCCUCGUGGAAGCCCAGGGCCAGGCAACAGAUGAGCACGUCCUGUUCUCCUUCCGGAGUCCCAGCAACGGGCUGGUCGGCUUCGAAAUCCAAGGCCUCUUGAGCGACAACAAGCUGCAGCUGAGCGUGCAGAUGCAGUUCGGUCCCAUUACGACACCCAGAAAGAGGAUGACCAUUAUGGACCUGGCGCAGCAGCUUCAGAUCAUCCUGACGGCCAUCCCCUUCAUUUCUGUUUCGAGCAAGGCCACGGCCGUUCAAGCCAUGAGCAACUUUGACACCUUGGCGGAGUCGCACAUGCCAACCUCCACAGAUCAGGGCAUCGGGGCCUUCACAAACUACUGGAUCAUUUCUGGCGAGAACCACCGUUCAGGCCAGCGAGGCAAGAUGAUCUACUGGGACAAUGGCCCCAAGUCUGAUCCCUUCAACUCAGCCCCCACGUCCGGCUGGCGACUGGUUUCCGAUGGAAAUGGUCAAUUCUGGCUUGUCACGGGUUAUGCCGCGUCGCAAGCCGGAAAGAUGGUCUACGUGAAGAAUGGCGCCUUCCACUCUUACAACUUCAAUGAGGACGCAAAGUGCAAGUGGAAGCUUGAGGAAGACGGAGGCGAGUACUGGCUGGUCACUGGGCCCGAGCACCACACUCCAGGACAGAUGCUUUACCUGACUGGAAGUGGCUGGAGCUUAUGGAAUUUUGGCCGAGACCAAAAGUGCAAGUUCCGAGUUGUGGAGGUUGAGUUCAAAAUUCAGCCCUUCAUGCUCUCGCCCGCAGAAGUGUGGAUCGUGACCGCACCGGAUCACCGGGAAGAGGAGAACAUGGACAACAGGAUGAUCUUCUGGAAGGCCGGGGGCCCGGACAAUUAUGCCCUCAACUAUGACCCAGCCUGCCGGUGGAUCUUGAAGCCAAAUGGCAACGGCGAGUACUGGCUCGUCACUGGCUCUGGAUCUGAUUCGCCUGGGAAAAUGGUAUAUUUGAAGAGCGACGCCUUCUCCGUCUGGAAUUGGAACGAGGAUCCUAAAUGCAUGUCGGCCUUUCUUGGAAGAACUGUUCCUAGAAAUUUAUCUCAUGUUGAGUUCCUGUGUGAAAGAAGUAUCCCCACAAAUUUCUGA